UGUUGUGCAAACAUUAAAAACCUCUGAAAAUCGAAGCUCAAUUUGUUGUAGCAAUGUCUGGCAUAACAAGUGUCAAGAGCUUAGCAGAGAGGGGAAUCCAAACAGUUCCAUUACAAUAUGUCAGGAAUCCAGGAGAGGAGAUCUUCAAUAAUAUUAAUUCUUCUCAUGCACAGGACGUCCAGAUUCCAAUCAUUGAUUUGCAUUUGCAUGGCUUAAAUGUGCAGCCUCUGAGCAAAAGUAGUGUAGAUGAAAUUUCAAGCGCUGCAGAAAAGUGGGGUUUUUUUCAGAUUGUUAAUCAUGGAAUUCCUGAGUCUCUUAUUGCUCGAGUACAAGCUGUGGGGAAGGCCUUCUUUGAGCUUCCUAUUGAAGAAAAGGAAUUGUAUAAAAGGGAAGGAGGAGGGAACAAUGCUGGGUAUGGCAGCAAAGUAGGAAUUUCAGCUGAUGCGAAAUUAGACUGGAGGGAUUCCUAUUAUAAUAUUGUGUGGCCUGUUUCGCAGAGAGUCAUGAGCAAGUGGCCCAAACAACCUUCUGAUUUCACGGAAGUGAUGGACGAAUACAGCAAAAAGAUUUGCAAAUUGUGGGAAGUUCUGAUGCAGGCACUAUGUGGCGGCCUUGGAUUGGCUAAUGAAAAUGCUCUUGAUGAGGCCUUGGGUGGAGAGAGGAAGGAGAUUCAUUUUACCAUAAACUACUACGCGCCCUGCCCUCAGCCAGAACAAGUGAUUGGCUUCUCAUCUCACUCUGAUGCGGAUGCCCUCACAAUUCUCCUUCAGGACCAAACCCCAGGCCUACAAGUUCUCAAGGGUGAUGAAUGGAUUAAUGUUCCCUGCAUCCCAGGUGCUCUCGUGGUCAAUAUUGGUGAUCAAAUUGAGAUAUUGAGUAAUGGAAAAUACAAAAGCAUUGAACAUAGGAGUUUUGUUCAGAAAAACCAUGUGAGGAUGUCAUGGCCCAUGUUUUGUACUCCAUCUCAAAAUGUAAUCAUCUCACCUCUCAAAGAAUUGAUAAAUGAAGAGAAUCCUCCAUUGUAUGCAGCAUCGUCCUUCCAAGAGUAUCUGGAGCUGUUCUUCACCAAAGGAUUGAUUGGCAAGGAUCAUCUCACCGAUUUCAAAAAUUCAUCUGCAUAGGAAUUGAUUUAAGAUCUUUUCUUGUAUCCAAGGGACGAGUGUUAUCUCUUUCCUUCUUUCUCUAGCUCUUAAAUAAGGAGAUUCAAGAAAAUUAUUUCUUAGAAGUUGUAGGAUGGCAUAGACCAAAGAAUAGGGGUGCAUCUAUGAUAUAGUUUUAGGUGUGAUAAUGUUGUAAGGGAUGAUUAGUUUAGACUAUUGGAAAAUAGAUUGGUGCUAGGUAAAUCAAUCUAUGACUAAGUAUUAGAGUGGAAAUGAAUCAAGACUAUAAAUAUGUAUUUAUUGCAUACAUGCAAAUGGCAUAAAAUAAAGAUGUAAAAGUGUAUGACAUGCACUUUAUCAUGUAC